AGGUCUGCACACGUAUACUGCCCAUAAUAAUUACCUACCGUGAAAUCUCGAGCGAGAAAAUAUCACUAAAUACGAGAAAAACACUCGCUAAUCGAGUCUAAACGACAGUUCACAUCCCGACGCGGUGCGGUGCAGUCGUGUAGAUAUAUUAUUGAACAUGACCAAGUAACGCGCGAAAAUAACAUCGUGAAUCAAAGUGACUUUAAAUUUAACUCAAUUAAAUUAUGUGAUAGUAGUUUUAACGAAUCUGUGAUAUUGUGUAUAUUUAUUCAACAAAACAAUGGCUGACGAAAAGUCCUGGCUGAUGACGGGACCCUCGACCUCUGCAUCAUCACAUCAAAACCUUCGUUAUGAUUCUGCUACAACCGACGCAACCCCCUUCAUCCAGAAUGGGACCAAACCAGUCAUCAGCAAGGCUGACACGAAGAAGCAGAAGGAUUCCACAAAGGCCGCUGCCAAGGCUGCCAGAGGAAAGGCCUUUAGGCAGGUCUUGGCAGCCCUGAUUGCCAACCUUGGCACCAUCAACACUGGAAUGGCAUUUGGGUUCUCAGCGGUGGCACUGCCUCAACUUAAGAGCAAUGAGUCUAGUAUACAUAUUACGAACGAUCAAGCCAGUUGGAUUGCCAGUCUCAGCGCAGCGGGGACUCCCAUGGGGUGCAUCAUCAGUGGAUACCUCAUGGACGCCAUCGGACGUAGAACGACUCUGAUUGUUACGGAGAUACCCCUUAUAAUAGGCUGGAUACUGAUUGCGUUUGCACAGAACAUUCCUAUGAUUUAUGUUGGUCGGCUGCUAGUGGGCUUCGGAUCAGGCAUGGUGGGAGCGCCGGCGCGAGUGUAUACUGCAGAAGUAGCGCAGCCGCAUCUGAGAGGGAUGCUCGGCGCGCUGGCCUCUGUCGGCGUGUCCACUGGAGUCUUGAUACAGUACGUGCUUGGAAGCGCGCUACCAUGGCACAUACUAGCUGGCAUCAGCGCUUCCGUCCCCAUGCUGUCAUUCCUGACGAUGCUCCUGGUGCCAGAGACGCCCAACUUCCUCCUCACCCAGGACAAGGCUGAUAGAGCCAAGAACUCCCUGGCCAAGCUAAGGGGGUCCACUUUCGACUUGGAUGAGGAGAUCCAGAAGAUGGUCAACUUUAAGGAGAAGAAUCAUGUUGAACCCUUGAGGACUCCCAGAGAGAUCAUCAAGGCGCUCAUGUCACCAUCAGCCCUGAAGCCCUUCAGCAUCCUCGCGAUCUACUUCUUCCUGUACCAGUGGUGUGGUGUCAACACGAUCACCUUCUACGCCGUUGAAGUGUUUGAAGCUUCAGGAGCCACCCUGAACAAGUACUGGCUGACGAUCUCCAUGGGCAUUAUCAGGGUCAUAUUCACCGUCAUCGGCUGCAUCCUGUGCAGGAGGUGUGGACGCAGACCGCUCACUUUUGUUUCUGCAAUCGGAUGUGGCACAACCAUGAUAGUGCUGGCCGUAUACAUGUACCUCGUAGCGCAGUGGCGAGCUAACAAUGAGCCGCCCAUGCACUCCUGGAUUCCAGUGGCUGCUAUCUUCUUAUUCACAAUCUCGUGCACCCUGGGCUACCUGAUCGUGCCGUGGGUGAUGAUCGGCGAAGUUUAUCCUACGCAGGUCCGUGGCAUCGUGGGUGGCAUGACGACGUGCGCAGCGCACUUGUCGGUGUUCUCGGUCGUGAAAACCUUCAAUUUGCUGAAGGGCGCGCUCAACGACUACGGUGUCUUCGCCCUGUACGGAUGUAUGUCGAUAGUUGGCACAGUAUUCUACUACUUCUUCCUCCCUGAAACGAAAGGAAGAACUCUCCAAGAGAUAGAAGAUUACUUCUGCGGCAGAACGAAAACCCUCAAAAAAGCGUCAAUCACGGAUACUACGAGUAAAGCGUGAGAAGUGACAAUUUAGUAGAGUGACUGGUUAUGUGAUUUGUUGAAUAUUCUGUCUACUAGCGGCCACCCGCGACUUCUUACGCGUGGAUCUCGUUUUACGCCCUUAGGGGUUUAAUUUUGCAAAAUCCCGUCUUAGUGAGAACCUACGUUCUAAAAGGAACCCCCAUGCAAAAUUUGAGACUCCUAUAGCUUUUGUAGUUUCUGAGAUUUCGUGAUGAGUGAGUCAGUCAGUGACUUUUCGCUUUUAUAGAUAUAGAUAGAUGUAGAGGCGAGCUACAUCUCACUUAACACCAGGUGCG